UAUAAAAAAAAUUUGGUUAUGUGAUUGUACAUCGGAAGUCGGAAGUUAAAAAAAUAUUGCUUUUUACUUAUUUAAGAUAAUAGAUUUAAGUUCCCUUGUACAUUUUAUUGUACUAUUGAACUUUGAACUGACACUAUCUGAACGAGUAUUCAUAAAAUAUUUAAAUUAAGAAUACACGAGAAGUCAUUUUUAUUUCAUAUAGUGCAGAACAGAAAAUAUGAGUGUGAAAUUAUAUUAUGACCUGCUGUCACAGCCAUCCAGAUCACUCUUUAUAUUUUUUAAAAAAGCACAGGUACCUUUUGAAGCCUGUCUGGUAAACUUGGGAAAAGGAGAACAUUUGAAGAAGGAAUAUCUAGAAAAUGUUUCACGGAUUCCAAAAGUGCCUGUAGUACAUGAUGGAGACUUCAGACUGAAUGAAAGCGUUGGUAUAGUGAGGUACAUCUCCAGGCAGUAUCCAGUUGCAGACAACUUGUAUCCAAAAGACAGCAAAAAACAAGCACUAGUAGAUGAAUAUUUGGAAUGGCACCACUUAAAUGUUAGAGUAAAUUGUUCUACAUAUUUUAUAAAAACCACGUAUCCUUUUUAUCAGUGGCUCAAUCCGAUGAAAACCGGACGGCAGCCAUCAGAGGAAGAAGUGAGAAAAGCCAAAAAGUAUAUGGAGAAGUCUUUACAGGAUUUCCAGAACUAUUUUUUGUCAAAUGGAAAGUUCAUUAAUGGAGAUCAGAUAUCCUAUGCAGACAUCCAUGCUGCAUGCGAAAUAGAACAAACCAGGGUAGCUGGUUAUGAUGUUAGAGAUCGUUUUCCAAAAAUCAAGGAAUGGAUAGAAGCUGUAAGGGAGGAAUGCAACCCUCAUUAUGACAGAGCCCAUCAAUUCGUUAACUUAAUCUCCCAAAAAGAAGAAGAACCAAAGUCAAAGCUGUAGAAUGAAGUUGUUUAAUGGUAUAUUUUUAUGAAUUUGUAUGGUAUUAUUUUUCUCACUAAUUGUUUAUAAUAAAAUUUAAACAUG